AUGAUUGAUGACUGGUCAAAGGAAAAAGUUCAAGAUGUAUUUAGUAACAUCAAUAUGAAGAUACCUAAAUUCAGACAGACAUUUUUGUGGCAUUUAAAAAGUCUGGAUUUAUCGUACCAGAGACACCUGGCACAUAUCUGUGGUAAACAUACACCAUGUAUUUCUCUUGCGUGUUACGAUGACCCAGACUUCUAUUAUUUGAAGACAUUUGAUGAUCAUCAUCAUGAUAAGGACGAUGAUGCUUAUGAUACUGCUUUAUUACAGUGUAGUUACAUAGGAUAUAUUUCCUUGGUCCAGUGGUGUUGUAAUCAAGGUGUUGAUGUAAACAUGUGCACAUAUAGUAGACUGUCACCUGUAAUGAUUGCUUGUAAACAUGGCCAUACAGAAAUAGUAAAGAUAUUGUUAGACAAUGGAGCAGACUUUAGUAAACGUGAUAAGGAUUAUCAAACACCUAUAUUUACGGCUUGUAAACAUGGUCAUACAGAAAUAGUAAAGAUAAUGUUAGACAGAGGAAUAGAUUGUAAUACAAUUAAUAAAUAUGGUCAGACACCUGUAACAAAGGCUUGUGAACGUGGUCAUACAGAAAUAAUAAAGAUAUUGUUAGACAGAGGGGUAGACUGUAAUGCAGGUGACAUGUUUGGUCAGACUGCUGUUUUGAAGGCUUGUGGACAUGGUAAUACAGAAACAGUAAAGAUGUUGUUAGACAGAGGUGGAGACUCUAAUAAAUGUGAUAAUAUUGGUCAGUCACCUGUACUGAUGGCUUGUGGUCAUCCAGAAAUAGUAAAGAUCUUGUUAGAUAGAGGAGCAAACUAUAAUAACUGGUGCCUUAUGGGUAGUUCGCCUAUAAGUACGGCUUGUAAUAAUGGUUAUAUUGAAACAGUAAAGAUAUUGUUAGACAGAAAACCAGACUAUGAUCGAUGUGAUAUUCAUGGUCAGUCAUCUGUUUCGAAAGCGUGUAAACAUGGUCAUACAGAAAUAGUAAAGAUGUUGUUAGACAGAGGAGCAGACUGUAAUAAAUGUGAUGACCAUGACAGAUCACCCUUAAUGGAGGCUUGUGAACAAGGUCAUACAGAAAUAGUGAAGAUGUUGUUAAACAGAGGAGUUGAUUGCAAUACAUGUGAUAUUCAUGGUCAGUCAUCUGUAUUGAAGGCCUGUGAACAUGGUCAUCCAGAUAUAGUUAAGAUGUUGUUAGACAGAGAAGUAGACUGUAAUAAAUGUGAUAAUGCUGGCCAUUCACCUUUAAUAAAGGCGUGUUGUGAACACGGUCAUACAGAAAUAGUAGAGAUGUUGUUAGACAGAGGAAUAGACUGUAAUAAUUGUAAUGGAGAUGAUCAGUCGCCUUUAAUGAAGGCUUGUGAACAUGGUCAUACAAAAAUAGUACAAAUGUUGUUAGACAGAGGAUCAGACUAUAAUGGAUAUGACAGGUUUGGUAUGUCAACUGUAAUGUAUGCGUCUAAACAGGGACAUACAAAAAUAGUAAAGAUGUUGGUCGACAGAGGAGCUGACUGUAUAUCUGAUAGAUGGGGUCAAUCAGCUGUAAUGUAUGCUUGUGAACAUGGUCAUACAGAUAUAUUUAAGAUGUUGUUAGACAGAGGAGCAGUCUAUGAUAAAUGUAACAUCAGGGUUAGGUCCCCUGUAAUGUUUGCUUGUGAACAUGGUCAUACAGGAAUAGUGAAGAUAUUGUUAGACAGAGGAUCAGACUAUGAUGAGUGUGACUGUUUGGGUAAGUCACUUGUAAAGAAGGCUUGUACGUUUGGUCAUACAGAAAUAGUAAAGAUGUUAUUAGACAGACGAGCAGAUUGUAAUAAAUGUGACCAGUUUGGUCGGUCACCUUUAAUGGAAGCUUGUUAA